UGUUUUCUCUUCUCUCUUUCAGUUUAGAGUUUCUAUACCUUGGAGGGAAUUUCAUUACUUCAAUUCCACCUGAAUUAGCAAACCUGCCUUCUCUAAGCUAUCUAGUUCUGUGUGACAACAAGAUCCAGAGCAUUCCACCUCAGCUGGCACAGCUGCAUUCCCUGCGUUCCCUUAGCCUGCACAAUAACCUGCUGACUUACCUUCCUCGAGAGAUCCUUAACCUGGUUCACCUGGAAGAGUUGAGCUUGCGUGGGAACCCACUGGUGGUUCGGUUUGUCCGUGACCUGACCUACAAUCCCCCAAGCCUUCAGGAACUGGCUGGACGCACAAUUAAAACUCGCAAUGUUCCCUACGCUCCCAGUGAUCUCCCGGAGAAUCUUGUCCGGUAUCUGAACUUGGCCAGCAACUGUCCCAAUCCUAAAUGCGGAGGUGUUUACUUUGACAGCUGCGUCAGACAAAUCAAGUUCGUUGACUUCUGUGGGAAGUAUCGCCUCCCGCUGAUGCACUACCUGUGCUCCCCAGAGUGCUCCUCUCCCUGCAGCUCUGCCUCCCAGAGCUCUACUUCCCAGAGCGAGUCUGACUCUGAGGACGAAGCCAGCGUCGCCGCGCGCAGGAUGCAGAAAGUCCUUCUGGGAUAACGGAGCAAGAGGGGAAGACUGGAAGGAAAACGUAUUUGAAAAGCAAUAAUGGAACAGCAAAGCGUGAGCCUCUGGCCUGAAGGGCUCAUGAGAAACUGUCCUCAAGUCCAUGUAAGGGGCAGAACAUCUUAGCAAGCCUAGACUUGCUUGGUGCAGUGCUACUGCUACUUACGCGAACUAACUCAGUGGCGUACUGCCUGUAGGGGGGCCUGGGGUUGUUAGAAACCUCUGCUGUCCGGGAGACACCUCCCCUCCCGCAUACGGGCUGGGGAGGGGGAUCUGUUCUCACUGGCGGAUUGAGAAGGGUUUUAAUAUAUGACACUUCACUGGAUUUCAGUCUUCCUGCAGAGCAAAGGAGACUGUCCAGAUCUUUUAACACUGUGGUAAAUCAGAAACAGGCUAAUGAUGCCGUGUGAGUAUGUCUGGACCCCA